GUUAAGGUGCGUAACAUUUCCGUCACAUGCUUGUGGUAUUCGGCCAAUCACAAUGCACUGGAUCGCUGGCCAAUCAGAGCACACCUCGCUUUUCAGACUGAUGAGCUUUGUGAAAAUGGAUGUGUUUCAGAAAGCCGGGGCAUUGAGGAGAAACAAUAAUGUACAGUAUAUGGAAAAUAAUGUGUUUUUUUAAAUAGAUACAUUUUUUGUAAUGUCAGGACCCAUUUUUUAUAUAUAUAUAUUUUUUUAUUCUCUCAUUCCUGCAAACUAAGGUGCGAGAGUCAAACUGUUCUAAUAUUUAUUCAUGUUGUUUGAAUGCUUUCUCUCUUUCCCGAGAAUUCACAGUGCAUGACUGGUUUCAGUGAGCGCUCUGGAACAACCUGGGGGAGAAUGACUACGCCUUGUACAGAUCAUGCAGUGAUGCUAAAGCUAUAUGAGGUAUCUGUUUGGCCUGGUUAAACCAGUCGAUCCACUCUUCAAGUGUAUCACCUGCCGCAGUGAGAAUUCCACAAACAGUGAGAAGAGAACCGAGUUAAACACAGUCACAUAAAGUGAAAACUCUUCAGCAUGGCAUGUUAUCACUGCUGAUAUUGAACAAGGAUUUAAAAGCUCAUAGGAUACAAGGUUUGAGUUUUGGAUGCUUUUCUUCACUGUAAAUACAUACUAGUGAAAUGGCUCUUCUUCGUAGAAGCCUGUCUGACAGCCUGCUGCUUGAAGAUGACAAUGACUCUGUAGAUGGUUUGGAAUACACAGACAUGCUCUUUCAAGAAGAUGAAGAAAUUGUGGGUGCUAGUGGUCUGUUUGACCUGAAGAGGAACGAACAAAAGAAGGAUGAAGCUGUGGACAUUUUGAAGUUAAUUGAUAAUGACAAGCAGUUAAUGAAGCAUGGUUUGAAAUCCAGCAAGAGCUUGGAAAGUCUGGAUAUCAAAGCUCCUAAUGAGGUGUGGAAAGAUUCAUAUGACAAGCUCUUCAAUGAUAAAGUCAAGAAACACAUGAAAGGAAAUAAAGCUGUAGAGGAAAACAGACAUGGCAUACAUAAUGGGGCAGUGAUUCCACCAGAUUCAAGUCUUACACUGCUAGACAACCAAGGAUCUCCGGGGAUGCACCUCACAAAAGGACAUUUUAAAGGUCCAAAAGCAGUGCUUAAUUCUUCUGAUAUGGACAUGGAAGUACCAUCGGUUAAUGUGAAAAAGCCAAAAUUUAAAAUGCCAAGGUUUAGCCUCUCUAGAAACAAGAAUACUGACAUCAGUUACGGUGGAAGCAUGAAGGGGUCAAAAUUGGCAUCGUCAUCCUCUGAAGUAGCUGCAGGGCUCAAUUGUUCUAAUAUACAAACUGAUGGACCAAAGGCUGACUUCAAAGGUCUAAAAACAGACCUUCCAGACAUGGACAUGUCAUCUGGAAAACUGAAAUCACCCACUUUCAGCUCCCCUGAUUUUGGCCUGUCAGGACCGAAAAUAAAAACACCUGACUAUAAUUCAAAAUCCCCUGAAAUUAAUCUGUCUGCUCCUAAGUUUAAGGCAGGCUUUGUUUCACCAGACAUCAACAUCAGAGGUCAUAAGCCAGAUAUUACAGCACCUGACAUUGAUGUGAAUAUCCCUGAAGGGACAUUUAAAGGACCAAAUUUCAAGGAACCCAGUCUUGACUUGGAUGCACCUGACCUAAAAAUCAAAUCUCCAGACCUGAAUUUCAGCAGCCCCAAAAUAAAGGGAGGAAUCGAUACCCCAGAUAUGGAUCUGAGACUGCCCCAAACUAAUUUAAAAGGCCCAAACCUAAAUAUCAAAUCACCUGAUAUUGAUGUUAAUGGCCCUUCAGGUAAACUGAAUAUGCCAAAGCUAAAGAUGCCCAGUUUUGGUCAGUCAGGUUUGAAAGGACCAAAUAUGAAUGUGGAUGCAGACAUUGAUCAGCCCGACCUUAAUCUGAGAGCAUCAGCUCCCAAACUAAAUGCAGAUAUAAAUAAUCCUGAUUUUGAUGUACAUGGACCUAAUGUUGAUAUUAAAGGUCCAAAGACAGACCUUACUCUUCCAGACAUGGACAGGCCUUCUGGAAAAAUUAAAAUGUCCAAUUUAAAGAUGCCUAAAUUUGGUGUUUCGGGACCAAAAAUAAAGACACCUGAUUAUGAUCUGAAGACUCCUGAAAUGGAUCUGUCAGCUCCAAAGUUUAAGGCAGACUUUGAUUCCCCAGGCAUCAACAUCAGAGGUCACAAUCCAGAUAUCACAGCACCUGACUUGAAUGUUGAUUUCCCAAAAGGAAAAAUGAAAGGACCAAGUUUCAAGAAACCUGAUUUUGAUGUGAAUACACCUGAUCUCAACAUAAAUUCCCCUUCAGCUAAAUUGAAAAUGCCAAAAUUUGGUCUCUCAAGUAGCAAGCCAAAAGGACCUGAUCUUAAAAUCAAAUCUCCAAAGCUGAAUCUCAAAAACCCCAAGGUUAAGGGAGGAAUCGAUACCCCAGACAUGGAUCUGACUCUGCCUCAAACAGAUUCAAAAGGCCCACACUUAGAUAUUAAGUCACCUGAUGUUGAUAUCAAUGUCCCUUCGGGUAAAUUUAAUAUGCCAAAAUUAAAGAUGCCCAGUUUUGGCCUGUCAGGUUUGAAAGGACCACAUAUGAACAUGGAUGCUGACAUUGAUCAGCCGGAUCUUAAUCUGAGUGCAUCAACUCCCAAACUGGAUGCAGGGAUAAAUAGUCCUGAUAUUGAUGUACAUGGACCUAAUGUUGAUCUUAAAGGUCCAAGAACAGACCUUAAACUUCCAGACAUUGACAAGCCUUCUGGAAAAUUUAAAAUGCCCAAUUUAAAGAUGCCCAAGUUUGGUGUCUCAGGACCAAAACUAAAGACACCUGACUAUGAUUUAAAGACCCCUGAAAUGGAUCUGUCUGCUCCCAAGUUUAAGGCAGAAUUUGAUUCCCCGGACUUGAAUCUCGAAAGCGCCAAAAUAAAGGGAGGAAUUAAUACCCCAGAUAUGGAUCUGACUCUGCCUCAAACUGACUUAAAAGGCCCAAAACUGCAUAUAAAAUCACCUGAUAUUGAUGUCAAAGGCCCCUCUGGCAAAUUUAAUAUGCCAAAGUUUAAGAUGCCUGGUUUUGGCAUGUCAGGUUUGAAAGGACCAGAUAUGAAUGUGGAUGCAGACAUUGAUCAGCCUGACCUUAAUCUGAGUGCAUCAACUCCUAAACUAAAUUCAGGGAUAAAUAGUCAUGAUAUCGAUUUGCAUGGACCUAAUGUUGAUCUUAAAGGCCCAAGAACAGACCUUAAACUUCCAGACAUUGACAAACCCUCUAGAAAAUUUAAAAUGCCCACUUUAAAGAUGCCUAAGUUUGGUGCCUCAGGACCAAAACUAAAGACGCCUGACUAUGAUUUAAAGACCCCUGAACUGGACUUGUCAGCUCCAAAGUUUAAGGGUGCUUUUAAUUCCCCGGACCUGAGUCUCAAAAGCCCCAAAAUAAAGGGAGGAAUCGAUACCCCAGAUAUGGAUCUGACUCUGCCUCAAACUGAUGUAAAAGGCCCAAACCUAGAUAUCAAAACACCUGAUGUUGAUGUUAAUGGCCCUUCAGGUAAACUGAAUAUGCCAAAGCUAAAGAUGCCCAGUUUUGGGCUGUCAGGUUUGAAAGGACCACAUAUGAAUGUGGACGCAGACAUUGAUCAGCCUGACCUUAAUCUGAGAUCAUCAGCUCCCAAACUGAAUGCAGGGAUAAAUAAUCCUGAUUUUGAUGUACAUGGACCUAAUGUUGAUAUUAAAGGUCCAAAGACAGACCUUACUCUUCCAGACAUGGACAAGCCUACUGGAAAAUUCAAAAAGCCCAAUUUCAAGAUGCCUAAAUUUGGUGUCUCGGGACCAAAAAUAAAGACACCUGAUUAUGAUUUGAGGGCACCUGAAAUGGAUCUGUCAGCUCCAAAAUUUAAGGCAGACUAUGAUUCCCCGGACCUUAAUAUUAAAGGACAUAAGCCAGAUAUCACAGGCCCAGACAUGAAUCUUAAAUUCCCUAAAAGUACAUUUAAAGGACCAAACUUAAAGACACCCAAUACUGACAUGAAUGCCCCUGACCUCGACAUCAAUUCCCCUUCAGGUAAACUGAAGCUGCCAAAAUUUGGCUUCUCAGGUAGCAGGCCAAAAGCUCCAGAUCUUAAAAUCAAAUCUCAAGACCUGAAUCUCAAAGGCCCCAAAAUAAAGGGAGGAAUCGAUACCCCAGAUAUGGAUCUGACUCUGCCUCAAACUGAUUUGAAAGGCCAGAAUCUAAAUAUCAAAUCACCUGAUAUUGAUGUGGAUGGCCCUUCAGGUAAAUUUAAUAUGCCAAAGUUAAAGAUGCCCAGUUUUGGUCCAUCAGGUUUGAAAGGGCCCAGAAUGAAUGUGGAUGCUGACAUUGAUCAGCCUGACCUUAAUCUGAGAGCAUCAGCUCCAAAACUAAAUGCAGGGAUAAAUAGUCCUGAUUUUGAUGUACAUGGACCUAAUGUUGAUCUUAAAGGUCCAAGGACAGACCUUAAACUUCCAGACAUGGACAGGCCCCAUGGAAAAUUUAAAAUGCCCAAUUUAAAGAUGCCCAAGUUUGGUGUCUCAGGACCAAAAUUUAAGACGCCUGACUAUGAUUUGAAGACCCCUGAAAUGGAUCUGUCAGCUCCAAAGUUUAAGGCAGACUUUGAUUCCCCGGACCUGAAUCUCAAAAGCCCCAAAAUAAAGGGAGGAAUCGAUACCCCAGAUAUGGAUCUGACUCUGCCUCAAACUGAUGUAAAAGGCCCAAACCUAGAUAUCAAAACACCUGAUAUUGAUGUUAAUGGCCCUUCAGGUAAACUGAAUAUGCCAAAGCUAAAGAUGCCCAGUUUUGGUCAGUCAGGUUUGAAAGGACCACAUAUGAAUGUGGACCCAGACAUUGAUCAGCCCGACCUUAAUCUGAGAGCAUCAGCUCCAAAACUGAAUGCAGGGAUAAAUAAUCCUGAUUUUGAUGUACAUGGACCUAAUGUUGAUAUUAAAGGUCCAAAGACAGACCUUACUCUUCCAGACAUGGACAAGCCUUCUGGAAAAUUCAAAAUGCCCAAUUUCAAGAUGCCUAAAUUUGGUGUCUCGGGACCAAAAAUAAAGACACCUGAUUAUGAUUUGAGGACACCUGAACUGGAUCUGUCAGCUCCAAAAUUUAAGGCAGACUAUGAUUCCCCGGACCUUAAUAUUAAAGGACCUAAGCCAGAUAUCACAGGCCCAGACAUGAAUCUUAAAUUCCCUAAAAGUACAUUUAAAGGACCAAACUUAAAGACACCCAAUACUGACAUGAAUGCCCCUUACCUUGACAUCAAUUCCCCUUCAGGUAAACUGAAGCUGCCAAAAUUUGGCUUCUCAGGUAGCAGGCCAAAAGCUCCAGAUCUUAAAAUCAAAUCUCAAGACCUGAAUCUCAAAAGCCCCAAAAUAAAGGGAGGAAUAGAUACCCCAGAUAUGGAUCUUACUUUGCCUCAAACUGAUUUUAAAGGCCAGAAUCUAAAUAUCAAAUCACCUGAUAUUGAUGUUAAUGGCCCUUCAGGUAAAUUUAAUAUGCCAAAGCUAAAGAUGCCCAGUUUUGGUCCAUCAGGUUCGAAAGGACCACAUAUGAAUGUGGACGCAGACAUUGAUCAGCCUGACCUUAAUCUGAGAGCAUCAGCUCCCAAACUAAAUGCAGAUAUAAAUAGUCCUGAUUUUGAUGUACAUGGACCUAAUGUUGAUAUUAAAGGUCCAAAGACAGACCUUACUCUUCCAGACAUGGACAAGCCUUCUGGAAAAUUUAAAAUGCCCAAUUUAAAGAUGCCUAAGUUUGGUGUCUCGGGACCAAAACUAAAGACACCUGACUAUGAUCUGAAGACCCCUGAAAUGGAUCUGUCAGCUCCAAAGUUUAAGGCAGACUUUAAUUCCCCCGACCUGAAUCUCAAAAGCCCGAAAAUAAAGGUAGGGAUUAAUACCCCAGAUAUGGAUAUGACCCUGCCUCAAACUGAUUUAAAAGGCUCAAACCUAGAUUUCAAAUCACUUGAUGAUGAUGUUAAUGGCCCUUCGGGUAAAUUGAAUAUGCCAAAGCUAAAGAUGCCCAGUUUUGGCCUGUCAGGUUUGAAAGGGCCACAUAUGAACAUGGAUGCUGACAUUGAUCAGCCUGACCUUAAUCUGAGUGCAUCAACUCCCAGGCUAAAUGCAGGGCUUGAUAGUCCUGAUAUUGAUUUACAUGGACCUAGUGCUGAUUUCAAAGGUCCAAAAACAGACCUUACUCUUCCAGACAUUGAAAAGCCUUCUGGAAAAAAUAAAAUGCCCAAUUUAAAGAUGCCUAAGUUUGAUGUCUCAGGGCCAAAAAUAAAGACGCCUGAUUAUGAUCUAAAGACCCCUGAAAUGGAUCUGUCAGCUCCCCAGUUUAAGGCAGACUUUGAUUCACAAGACAUAAACAUCAGAGGUCAUAAGCCAGAUGUCACAGGCCCAGACAUGAAUGUCGAUAUUCCUAGAGGUACCUUUAAAGGACCAAAUUUCAAGAAACCCAGUCUUGACUUGGAUGCACCUGACCUCCACAUAAAUGCACCUUCAAGUAAAUUUAAGCUGCCAAAUACUGGCUUCUCAGGUAGCAAAGCAGAAGGACCUGAUCUUAAAGUCAAAUCUCCAAAGCUGAAUCUUAAAAGCCCGAAAAUAAAGAAAGGAAUUGAUACCCCAGAUAUGGAUCUGACUCUGCCUCAAACUGAUGUAAAAGGCCCAAACCUAGAUAUCAAAUCACCUGAUAUUGAUGUUAAGGCCCCAUCAGGUAAAUUGAAUAUGCCAAAGCUAAAGAUGCCCAGUUUUGGUGCGUCAGGUUUGAAAGGACCACAUAUGAACAUGGAUGCUGACAUUGAUCAGCCAGACCUCAAUCUAAAUGCAUCAACUCCCAAACUAAAUGCAGGGAUGAAUAGUCCUGAUAUUGACACUCAUGGACCUAAUGCUGAUUUCAAGGGUGCAAAAACCAGCCUUGCAUUUCCAGACAUGGAUAUACCAUCUGGAAAACAGAAAAUGCCCACCCUCAAGGUGCCUGAUGUUGGUUUCUCAGGAUCCAAAAUCAAGACACCGGACUUUGAUCUGAAAACCCCUAGCAUGGAUCUGUCAGCUCCAGAAUUUAAGGCAGACUUUGAUUCACCAGACAUCAACAUCAGAGGUCAUAAUCCAGAUAUUACAGUCCCAGACAUGAAUGUUGAUUUCCCAAAAGGUCAAAUUACAGGACCAAAUUUAAAAAAAAACAAUCUUGAUUUUAACACUCCAAAUAUUGACACUGACGCACCUUCAAGUAAAUUUAAACUUCCGAAGCUGGGCCCCUCAGAGAGAUCUGAUCUUAAAACCAGAAAGACCAUGAGGCAUCUGCAAAUACAUGCAAUGGAUCUGGAGGUUCCAGAAAGCACUUUGAAAGGGUCGAAAUUUAACGUUCUUAAACUAAUAUAG